CUGUAACUGUCAUUUUGUUGAAAGUAAAGCGAAACCGGUAACUGAAAUCGUGGUUUUAUUUUUGUCGAAAAGGAUGACGGGGUUGCCGAUGAUAAGCCUAAUUCAGGCCUCAAAUAACAGAUGUAUCCUGUGAGUAUCGACAAAAUACAGACACGCCUCUCCGGUGGAAAGUCAAUUACUCAUGUCUCAUUAGCUAGCUUGAUGUCAGUGCUUUAUCUGGUCUCUGGUACUUCCCGGUUCUCAAAUUUCUACAUCAAACAUAACUAAACCCGACAUCAUCUGCCUUGUAAGAUUGGCUCGUGACGUUGCUCAGGAGUGAGUAAACUGUUCAGGACUAUGUUUCACCAACAUCGGGAAGAGGCAGGACAACUGAGAGGAUCUUGUGAAGAUCGUGGUUGUUAAUACUUAGUAGUGUGUGCAUAACUUCUGUAACUACUAUUCUGCUCUUUACUCAUCGACGACGACGAUCGCACACUUGAACUACUAGAUAACAUUUCCAAAUUUAUGUUAUUCUGUUUAACUUUAGUUCUGGAGCUAAAUAAUGUUCGAAAAGUUAACUCUAAAAAGGGACAAGUUCUGAGUUUUCUGUAAAAAGUCAUUUUAAACAUCACUAAAACAUUGAAAGAAGUACAUGGUGAUAUUUUUUCUUGCCAGUUCAGUUGGGACAGAAACCAAAAGUAAAAUAAGGAACGUAACUAGAAAUUGAAACUAGCUUCGUUUUAAAAAUAUCAUGUGGUACUAAACAUGUUAACUGAGUUGUGAAGGUAGAAGGAUCCAUCCAACAUCACCCCGAAGAAAACCUGUUUCAUCUUCAGAGACCUUAGAUUACAUCAUUGACUCGCUGAUUUCACGCUGUUCUGAUUAUCAGUUUAACAGAAAAAUGCCGCGAUUUAAGAUAUGGAGUAUUGCAGUAAUUCUUAUUUGGAAGGCCAUGCAAGUCUGGAAUCAACAAAAUCCUUCGGCACAACUCACCGCCAACUUCACGCUGGCUUUCUUAACGGCCACGAGCAACAAGGGCCACGGGAAGCUGACAGGCGGCGCCUUCUUCUUGGCUCUGGAGCACCUGAACGCCAACAAGAGUGAUGACAACAUCAGGCUACACUUCAACUACGUCUUCAAAGAUACUAUGAACAUGGACACGAUGGCGAUGCGCGCCAUGGUGGACACCCACUGCGACAAGAACAACGUGUCUGUCUUCAUAGGACCACCUGACUUCUGUAGUAACGCCGCUGUCCUGGCCACCUCCUUCGACAUUCCUUACAUGUCCUACGGCUGCAGAGACAUCCACAGUCUCACUCGCAACAUGAGCGACUACUUGAUCAUCAACGAGGAACCUUCUGGAAUUUAUGUUUCGAAGUUCAUCGUCUCCGUGCUUCAAGGUUUUGGCUGGAAGUCCUUCUGGCUCGUUGGUGGGGCCGAAGGAGUGACCAACGUAUGGGCGGACUCAACUAGCAUCCUCAACUCCUUGGCUACCAGACAGGGGUUAACCCUAAACGGCAUUAACCGCGAGCCUCUGAACGACGCUUACCAUUCUUCUAAAACCUCUAGUCACAAUCCUUAUCCUGAUAUCAUCAAUCAGUCGACAAGGAAGACACGCGUCUAUGUUUUUCUGGGAGACUACAAUGCACUGGUGGACUUUGUGCGCGCGCUACAUGACAGGACAGGGUCCACGAGAGGAGAGUAUGUAGUCGUGGCAUUGGACGACACGAAGCAACAACGAAGUAACAAGACCAGCUUCCUCCGUAUUGACGAAACCAAUCGUGAUGUGACCCCACAUGACCUAGAGGUGUUCAGAAACGUGCUGCUAUUACGGAGUCUGCAGCCGACAAUUGAGCAGAAGGACUUCGCAAAGAGGUGUACAAGCAUAACUACCAGGAUCCUAUCAACUUGUCCAGGCCGACCAUUUCUGCUGUUCCGAAACUGCGCCAAGAAGCUUUCUACAUCUACGACGCCGUGAUGCAUUAUGGGGAAGCCGUUCGCCAGUUGAUGAAAUCAGGCCACGAUCCAUAUAAUGCACAAAACGUAGUGAACAAUUUGCGGAGCACCAACAGAAAAAGUAGUCAAGGUUUCCAUGUCUACAUUAACGACCGCGGUGAGAGUGAGGGUAGGUACACCUUGAUGAGCGUGGCCGCAGACAGCAGUGGAAAAUUGCUCCCGUGGAUGUGGCCUGUGGGCAACUUCAACAUCUCCAGGUCCAAUGGCUUGCCGGCCUUCGUGUUAGGAAGCAGACAAAUUGCCUGGAUUAACGGAAAACCAUCCGGCGAUCGCUGCGACGGAUACCUUGACUACAUAGGCGACGAAUGCGGUAAUGUUUAUUGGAUGAUUAAUGCUCACGCGAUCCCUUGCGGGUGGAGGAUUUAUUGUCUGUCCUUUCUUGUCCGCGUACCGCAAUUCUCGCCGAAAACAACCGCAGACAUUGUUUUAUGCGAUUUACACAGAAAAUUUUGCCACGAUUUCCUGCUGGAAGCAGGUAAGUAAAAUUGUGUGAACUGGACAUGACUGACUGAAGUGACAGUACACUUCCUUCUGAUUGUGUAGCAUGUCAUGAAGUCGAGUUAUUCAAGUUGUAGAAAACCUGACUAUCAGAAGAAAGCGAACAUUAUAUUAAUGUUUUAACCAUUUUAAUUCAACCACGAUAAUUUCUUUAAUGCCAAACUGUCUUUAGGUUUAAACACAUUUCCUGGUUAAGCUCGCCAGCAACAACAA